UUCAAUUCCAAUUCUCAAAGUGCUCUCUUUUAAAAAACCAUCUUCUCUCUUCCACUUACUCUCUCUCCCUUCUCUUUUUUUUUUUAUCAUAAAAGAGAACCCUUUGCUCUGAAUCUUGAAAAUGGAUUAUUUGAUCAAACUCUUCUUCUCCCUCUUUCUCUUCUUAUUCACUUCGCUAUUAUUUGGAGAAAUCAAUGGAGUGGAGGGUUCAAAACAAAAUCAUCACUUGUACGCAUUUAGACCAACGAAACUGUUUGUGUUCGGAGAUUCUUAUGCCGAUACCGGAAACAUUAGAAAGGCUUUCUCUAGCUCGUGGAAAUUCCCUUACGGUAUCACUUUCCCCGGAAAACCUGCUGGCCGUUUCUCCGACGGACGUGUCGCUACAGAUUUUCUAGCAAAAUUCGUGGGGAUAAAAUCACCAAUCCCAUACUUCUGGAAAGAUUACGCGGGAAAGAAACGGUUGCAGUACGGAAUGAAUUUUGCAUACGGAGGAACAGGAGUGUUCAACACUCGAAAUCCAUUGCCCAACAUGACCACUCAAAUAGACAUCUUCCAGAACCUUCUCACCGCCGGCGACAUCUACUAUCCCUCCGAGCUUACUUCCUCCGUUGCUCUCGUUAGCGUCGCUGGCAACGACUACUCCAAUUUCAUCGCCCUAAACCGCCCUGCCUCUGAAUUUCCAGCAUUCAUAAAGCAAGUUGUGGAUCAAACAGAGGUGAAUUUGAGGCGGAUCCACGCUUUGGGAGUGAAAAAGAUUGCAGUACCAUCGCUGCAACCGCUCGGUUGUCUCCCUCCGUUCACCGUUGUGUCAUCGUUCCAGCGUUGCAAUGAGACACAAAAUGCUUUAGUUAACCUCCACAACAACUUAUUGCAGCAAGUUGUGGCAAAGCUCAAUAACGAGACCAAGCAGUCGACUUUCAUCAUCCUUGAUCUCUACAAUGCUUUCUUGACUGUGUUCAAGAACAAAGGAGCUAAUCCAGGGAGUACAAGGUUUGAGAGUCCAUUAAAGCCGUGUUGCGUAGGCGUGAGCAGCGAGUAUAACUGUGGAAGUGUGGAUGAGAAGGGAGUGAAGAAGUAUAUCGUGUGUGAUAAUCCUAAAUCUGCUUUCUUUUGGGAUGGACUUCACCCUACCGAAGAAGGAUGGAGAUCGCCUUACAUUGUGUACAUGGGAGAAGCAACUGAGAAUUCUCAUGUUGAAGCCGCCGAAAACCAUCACAAUCUUCUAUUGACAGUGAUCGGAGACGAGAGCAAGGCAAGAGAAGUAAAAAUAUAUAGCUAUGGGAAAAACAUUAAUGGAUUUGCGGCGAGGCUUUUUCCUCAUGAAGCAGAGAAGCUAUCACGCGAAGAAGGAGUUGUAUCGGUGUUUAAGAACACUCAAAGACAGCUUCACACUACAAGAUCAUGGGAUUUUCUAGGACUUGUUGAGUCUAAAUACAAAAGAAGUGUAGCAAUAGAGAGUAAUAUCAUUGUGGGAGUUCUUGACACAGAAGGAAUAUCUGAGACACAUUAUGCUCUGUUUCAAAUUAAGGUGUGCUGGGACUCAGGAUGUACAGAUAUGGACAUGUUGGCGGCAUUCGACGAGGCUAUUUCUGAUGGGGUCGAUAUAAUAUCAAUUUCAAUUGGAGGAGCGUCACUUCCGUUUUUCGAAGAUCCAAUCGCGAUUGGAGCGUUUCACGCGAUGAAGAGAGGGAUCUUGACAAUGUGUUCUGCAGGCAAUAAUGGUCCCGGUCUCUUUACGGUUUCCAACCUCGCGCCGUGGGUAAUGACUGUUGCGGCUAACUCACUCGACCGGAAGUUUGAAACUGUUGUCAAACUCGGAAAUGGCCUCACCGCGUCUGGGAUCUCUCUAAACGGAUUUAACCCAAGAAAGAAAAUGUAUCCGUUAACAAGCGGUUCGCUUGCGUCUAACUUAUCUGCAGGAGGCUAUGGAGAGCCCAGUACUUGUGAGCCCGGGACAUUAGGGGAAGAUAAAGUGAUGGGGAAGGUAGUUUACUGUGAAGCAGGACGCGAAGAAGGAGGCAAUGGAGGUCAAGGUCAAGACCAUGUUGUGAGAAGCUUAAAAGGAGCUGGUGUGAUCGUUCAACUUCUAGAACCAACUGAUAUGGCCACUUCAACUCUCAUAGCUGGAUCUUAUGUCUUCUUUGAAGACGGUACAAAGAUCACUGAAUACAUCAACUCCACCAAAAAUCCUCAAGCUGUUAUCUUUAAGACUAAAACAACCAAAAUGUUAGCUCCGUCGGUUUCUUCCUUCUCAGCAAGAGGACCUCAACGAAUAACUACUCCUAUGAGAAUCAAAGGCAACGAAGCAGAAUUAAGUUACGGGUCGGGUCAAAUCAACCCGAGAAGAGCGAUUCACCCGGGUCUAGUCUACGACAUCACAGAGGACGCAUACCUAAGAUUCCUCUGUAAAGAAGGGUAUAACAGCACAAGCAUCGGACUUUUAAUCGGCAAUAACAAAAACAACACUACGACGAAGACAGAAUACAAAUGCGAGAAUUUCAAGCGAGGGUUAGGAUCCGACGGGUUAAAUUAUCCGUCAAUGCACAAGCAAGUGACUUCUACGGAUACAAAAGUGUCUGAAGUUUUCUAUAGAACAGUGAGGAAUGUGGGAUACGGACCAUCGACCUACGUGGCUAGGGUUUGGGCACCGAAGGGUUUGAGAGUGGAGGUUGUGCCUAAGGUUAUGAGUUUCGAGAAGCCUGGAGAGAAGAAGAAUUUUAAGGUUGUGAUUGAUGGAGUUUGGGAUGAGACGAUGAAAGGGAUUGUGUCUGCUUCUGUAGAAUGGGAUGAUUCCAGAGGACAUCUUGUGAGAAGUCCAAUUCUGUUGUUUCGAUCUGAUAACGAUUACCGUUAAAGAGACAAGACUGUUUUUUUAGAUCAUUGUUUGUUUUUUUUAAAUUGUGCUCGGUUAUACAUUUUAAUUCUAGUGUUGUGUUUUUUUUUCCCUCGUAUAUAUUAGUGUUGUUGAAACUUGAAAUAAAUAGGAACAUAUACA